GUUCAAGCUGCCCGGCUAGGUAUCACGGCACAACCAUCUCUUCCAACGGCCACGCUUCAGCUCUGGCAACUUCUCCCAAGAUGAAGCUUCUAACCGGCCUCGUCUCAGCAGCUCUUGCUGGUCUCACCAUCGCUGCGACACCGGAGACCGCCGACGUCUAUCUCUUUGGAACGGAUAUCCCAAGCUCCGGGGAUGCACACCCACGGAUGCCAAAAGAGAUCGCUCGCCACAUCCUGCUGCGGAGGACAUCAAGAGACAGAUAUGGCAGCGCUCUAGGCGACAUUCCAAACACCAUCGACGAAGAGACGGCGAUAUCACACAUCAACAAGUUCGGAAAGAGUCGAGCGCCGCUAUUCGGAGCCACGACAGAUGAGGUGGAACCCGCGCAAUUGGUCGUCGUGUUGGAGGGCAUUACCGCGGAAAACGCGAGGCCUUUGAGGGAAGCCCUCGCCAAGACGCAGCAACAGCCUGCUUUCUUCGUCUCGGACCCCCCAUCAUCGGCUGCCAACCGCCUCCUCAUUCGCGACUUCCACGCUGCCGGAGUUUCAAGUCAAGAAGGCUGCACCUUGGCCUCCGCCGUGAACCCCAACGAUGACUCCUGCUGGCAGAGCGCGUCCGUGGUCGUGGCGUUCGACGUUCGCAAGGCCCCCGGCACUAUCGACACCCUCGUCUCCAAUCUAAACCGCCUCGCCUUGUUCGUCUCUAACGGCGAGGUCGAAGCCGCCCUCGUCCUGCUACCCGAGUCCAGCCGCUCCACGGGCGCCUCCUCCUGGGCCGCGAAGCCCUCGGGGCCCAGCGACCUCCGGCGGCGCGACUCAGCCGAGACGGUUCUCUCCGACAGCAGCUCGAGCAGCGAAACCACUCGGCCUGCCUCGUCUCCGGCCGGCGCCGGCCCCUUCCCCUUCGCCCAGGACGAGCCCGGCUCCCGCAUCCCGCAGUGCUUCCAGUCGCAGAACAGCUGCGACGCGCGCACCAAGGGGUGCUCGGGCCACGGCGCCUGCGUGGACAAGUACGCCAGCGACCCCAGGACCAAGCUCGUCUGCUUCGCCUGCCAGUGCCAGAGGCAGAUCCUGCCCCCCGGGGAAGGCAGGCCCGGCAACAAGACCAUCUUUUGGGGGGGCAACAUGUGCCAGAAGAAGGACAUCAGCUCGCCCUUCUGGCUCAUCGCGGGCUUCACCGUCACCAUCGUGGGCGUCCUCUCCUUUGCCAUUAGCCUGCUCUUCAACGUCGGCGAGGAGACGCUGCCGGGCGUCAUCGGCGCUGGUGUGAGUCGGGCGAAGUAAUGGGGGAUGUUUUCCCCGGCUUUCUUUCUCUUUUUCUUUUGCAUUGCGGACAUACCAGUGUUUCGGGUUCAUGUAUGUAGCAUCAGUAAUGUUGUAUUUCUAUAUGGCGUCCCAUCGGCAGCACAUCACCAGAUUUAGGUAGACAAACUUGUCCCUUCUCUCUGAAGGCUUGGCAUCCCAGUGACACUGCAAUGUCGCAUU